AUGCAGCCGCCCUGGGGCUUGGUGCUCCCUCUGCUGCUCCUGUGGGUGGCAAGUGGAGUAGGAACCAGUCCAAGGGAUUACAGGUUGCCAGCACUAGCACACCAGCCCGGGAUCUGUCACUAUGGAACUAAGAUGGCCUGCUGCUAUGGCUGGAAAAGGAACAGCAAGGGAGUAUGUGAAGCUAUGUGUGAGCCCAGAUGCAAGUUCGGUGAGUGUGUGGGACCGAAUAAAUGUAGAUGCUUUCCAGGAUAUACCGGGAAGACCUGCAGUCAAGAUGUGAAUGAAUGUGGAGUCAAACCCCGGCCAUGCCAGCACAGGUGUGUGAAUACACACGGUAGCUAUAAAUGCUUUUGCCUCAGCGGCCACAUACUUCUACCAGAUGCCACAUGUUCAAAUUCUAGGACGUGUGCUAGGACAAACUGCCAGUACAGCUGUGAAGACACAGAAGAAGGACCACGGUGUGUGUGUCCAUCCUCUGGCCUCCGCCUGGGCCCAAAUGGAAGAGUGUGCCUAGAUAUUGAUGAAUGUGCUUCCAGCAAAGCAGUCUGCCCUUCCAAUAGAAGAUGCGUGAACACAUUUGGAAGCUAUUACUGCAAAUGUCACAUUGGUUUUGAACUGAAAUAUAUCAGUCACCGAUAUGAUUGUGUAGAUAUAAAUGAGUGUGCUCUGAAUACCCACAUGUGCAGCCUCCAUGCCAAUUGCCUCAACACCCAAGGAUCCUUCAAGUGCAAAUGCAAGCAGGGAUAUAGGGGCAAUGGACUUCAGUGUUCUGUUAUCCCUGAAAAUUCUGUGAAGGAAGUACUCAGAGGACCUGGGACCAUCAAAGACCGGAUCAAGAAGUUACUAGCUCACAAACACAACAUGAAGAAAAAGGUGAAACUUAAAAAUGUCACUCCGAGACCCACCAGUGCACGCAUACCUAAGGUUAACUUGCCUUUCAGCUCUGAAGAAAGCAUUUUUAGGGGCAGAAACUCUAAUGAAGAACAAAAAAGGAAGGAAGGAAGGAAGAGAGAGGAGCUUGAAGAAGAGAAAGGAGACAAAGCCCUGAAAAACGAGAUAGAACAGGAGCGGAGGCUUCGUGGGGAUGUGUUUUCCCCUAAGGUAAAUGAAGCAAAGGAUUUGGAUCUGGUCUACAUCCCAAGAAAAGAGCUAAAUUCCAAACUGGAAUACAAAGACUUAAACAUCUCAGUUGACUGCAGCUUUGACCAUGAGGUCUGUGAUUGGAAACAGGAUAGAGAAGAUGAUUUGGACUGGAAUCCUGUUAAUCGAGAAAAUGCUGCUGGUUAUUAUAUGGCAGUCCCUGCACUCGCAGGGCACAAAAAAAAUAUUGGCCGAUUGAAACUUCUCCUCCCCAACUUGACACCCCAACGCAACUUCUGUUUGCUCUUUGAUUACCGGCUGGCUGGAGACAAAGUAGGAAAACUCCGAGUGUUCGUGAAAGAUAGCAACAAUGCACUGGCAUGGGAAGAGACUGAAAAUGAGGAUGGGAAGUGGAAGAAGGGAAAAAUCCAGUUGUACCAAGAGAUUGAUACUACCAAAAGUGUCAUUUUUGAAGCAGAACGUGGCAAAGGCAAAACUGGAGAAAUUGCAGUGGAUGGCGUCUUACUGGUGUCAGGCUUGUGUCCAGAUGGUUUUUUAUCCAUAGAAGGUUGA